AUGCAAUUCGCGAAAGGAAACAUCGCGACAACAGAGAGAGCGCCUGGUGGCAUGUUCUAUAUAUAUAUAUACAGUUCUAUAUCGAUAUCCUUUGUUGAUCGGUUUGACAGAGUUACUUCGUCUCCAAGGCAAAGGUUGCAACUUGCAAUACAGCGUUAUCAAGAAAGCUGAACAAGACAAACAGAGCAAGCACUGCAAAACGCUACAGCAAAGAAACAAAUAUUGUAAUAUACCUUCCAAGAGUUUAGAACUCGAGCUUCCGCCGAGGCUUUUGAACGAGUCCCAAGUCAGAGAGAUGGCUGACGGGCAAAGAAGAUUGCGGAAGAGAUGCACUGAGUGUGAUUCGAUAGAGGAGACUCUAGCAAAGUGGAAGAAAUUAAACGAUGAACUUGAUGCUGGAAAAGAUGGAGUAGAUGUGAUACGUAAGGUUCCAGCCAAGGGCUCGAGAAAGGGGUGCAUGCGAGGAAAAGGUGGCCCUGAAAACACGCACUGCAAAUAUAGAGGUGUAAGGCAGAGGACUUGGGGCAAGUGGGUUGCUGAAAUCCGGCAACCACUUAAUGGGACUUAUGUACCAUCGAGAAGGGGAAGUCGACUUUGGCUUGGUACUUUUGACACUGCUGUUCAAGCAGCUCUUGCUUAUGAUGAAGCUGCAAGGGCUAUGUAUGGUUCUUUGUCGCGCCUUAACUUUCCUGAGCAAAGUGCUGAAUCAGUGUCUUCAGAUACAUCUAAAACCUCACCAACAGAGUUUGAAGCAUCAUCGGGUAAUUCUGAGGUUUGUGAAGUUAAGGAAUCAAUUAUUAAUCAAGUGUCCGCUGUAAGCAGGCUCAAUCACUCUGAAGUUGCUGAUGAGGAAUCAAAUGAACAACAAGACUGUUCUAAGGUUAGCGUGUUUGAGGAAUCAAAUGAACAACAAGACUGUUCUAAGGUUUGCGUGUUUGAGGAACCAAUGAAGCUGAAUCCAAAACGUUAUCAGUAUUGUGUAUUCGACAAUGUGGAGGAGAAACCUGAUAUCUCUAAGGACUAUUUUCCUCACCAGAAUCUCGAUGCUUACUUGCCUGGCAGCUCAAAUCAUAUUCAGGAGCUACAUUUAAAGGAGAAACCUGAUUGUUCUGAGGACUAUUUUCCUCACCAGCUGCAGAGUCCAGAUGCAUACUUGCCUGGCAACUCAAAUCAUAUGCGGGAGUUACAAUUGGGUGCGGAUGGAAGCUUGGAUGUCUUGAGGCACGACUUUGAUUUUGGCUUAUUGGAGGAACAGUGUGGACAGUCAUGUUUAACAGGGAGUGUCAAUCUGGAUAGCUUGAGGCCGGAUUAUGAUUUUUCCUUAGUAGAAGAGAAAAAAUUCCUUGAUUCAUUGUACUCUGACUGGGAAAUGCUUUUAUGAUAGAUCUUUGCCAAUAAUUGUGUUCAUGUUUUGGAGGACUAGGACCAGCAGCAGCAGUAGUUUCCAUUUUAAUAUUCCUAAAUAACAUAGGAGUUCGAUCUUGACGUUUUGGUGUGGUUUGGAGCUGGAGUGCGCAUGCCUCCUUGCUUGGACGUUUUUGGCAAAUUGAAAUGUUUUCUCUCGAGUCUUUGCAUCUAUUUUGGUAGGGUUAGUCGCACCCUUUACUCAUAUGUACAUCCUUUUUCUUCUUUCAGUAGACAGACACUAUUGAUGGAAAGUUUGAGCUGUACCAGAUUCUUUAUUUCUUUUUUCUUUUUCUUUUUUUAAAUGUAAAAUGAACUUUGACCAGGUUUACAAAGUA